UCUCUCUCUCAGUGUGAGUGAGUGCUAGGCUAGCAGGGAUCAGCAUGGCGGACAGCGGGCUGCUGGAGUCGCUGCUGCGGCUGGUGGAGAAGGUGGACGGCGGGUUAGACAGCCAGGACGCGGUGGGAGAGCUUGGCGUGGAGCACCAGGCGGUGGUCGGGGCGGUGAAGAGCCUGCAGGCGCUGGGGGAGGUGAUUGAGGCGACGCAGCGUUCCUCCAAACACUGGGAGCUGACCGGAGAGGGGAGAGAGAUAUCUGAGCAGGGGAGCCACGAGGCCCGUGUGUUUAAUGCCAUUCCUGAAGAGGGUCUGCCCCAGAGCCAGCUCAUGAAACUGCCCAGUGGUAAAGUGGGCUUCAGCAAGGCCAUGUCCAACAAAUGGAUCCGCCUGGAUAAAGCUCACGAAGGAGGCCCUCGUGUUUUCAGAACGGUGGAGAGUAUUGAAGACACGGUGAGGGAGAAGCUGCAGCUGGUGAAGAAUGGCAAGUCCUCUCAGCUGGAGGAGAAGGAGAAGAAUGAGCUGAAGAAACGCAAACUGCUCUCAGAAGUAACAAUCAAGUCCUACUGGAUCACCAAAGGCAGAAACUUCAGCACCACCAUCACCAAACAGGAGACAGAACUCACCCCAGAGAUGAUAGCCAGUGGGAGCUGGAGGGACAAGAAGUUUAAGCCCUAUAACUUCGAGGCGAUGGGUGUGGCUCCAGACUCGGGUCACCUGCACCCUCUGAUGAAAGUGCGGACGCAGUUCAGACAGAUCUUUCUGGAGAUGGGGUUCACCGAAAUGCCCACCAAUAACUUCAUUGAGAGCUCCUUCUGGAACUUCGACUCUCUGUUCCAACCCCAGCAGCAUCCGGCCAGAGACCAGCACGAUACCUUCUUCAUGUCUGAUCCAGCACUGGCUCGUGAGUUUCCUCAGGACUACCUGGAAAGGGUGAAGAAGGUCCACUCUGAAGGAGGAUAUGGGUCACAGGGGUACAAGUAUGACUGGAAGAUUGAAGAAGCUCAGAAGAACCUCCUCCGGACACACACCACCGCCGUGAGCGCUCGCAUGCUCUACAAACUAGCACAGCAGGAGAAGUUCACACCAGUCAAGUACUUCUCUAUAGACAGAGUUUUUCGCAACGAGACCCUGGAUGCCACUCACCUGGCUGAGUUCCAUCAGAUCGAGGGCUUGGUGAUCGACUACGGUCUUACUCUAGGAGACCUCAUGGGGGUCCUGCACCAGUUCUUCAUGAAACUGGGAAUCACUAAGUUGCGUUUCAAGCCCGCCUACAACCCCUACACUGAACCUAGCAUGGAAGUCUUCAGUUAUCAUGAAGGACUAAAGAAAUGGGUGGAAGUCGGUAACUCUGGGGUCUUCAGGCCUGAGAUGCUCCUGCCUAUGGGUUUGCCUGAGGACGUGUCUGUCAUUGCCUGGGGGCUGUCCUUAGAGCGGCCCACCAUGAUCAAAUACGGCAUCAACAACAUCCGUGAGCUGGUGGGGCACAAAGUGAACCUGCAGAUGGUGUAUGACAGUCCGGUGUGCCGCCUGGACUCUUAACGUGGACUCAGGGACCCUUAAGCCCGUCUCUUCAGGACCCUUUCAUACUCAGACCUCAUGAAUUCAAUAAGCAUUCUGGAUUGGUCCACGCUGUUAUGCUCUGUGUAUUCCUCACCAAAAACUCUCAGAUACUCUACUCAAUCAUCUGCCUGUGUCCCAGUGAUGGAGGAACUGAGUCUGAUAGACAUGUAGGAUGAUGUAAGGAAGCAUGCAGAAGCGGUGAGAUCUGCAAUCAGUGUGAGGUGAUGCUUGUCUGUGUAUGUAAGAUGGUUUGUUUGCAUUGUUACAGCAUGCUUUUUGGUUUAUUGGCACAGAAAGUUAUGAAGUAGUAAUAUUGUUACCCUUAAAGGAGAACUCCUGGGUGUAAAAUGGACUCUUGUUGUAGUAAUACAUGAUAAAAAGUACUUACCUUUGAUUUAAUAGCCCAUCUCCUCUCUUGCAGCUGUCUGAGAUCCAGUCAUUUUAUCAUUAUAUACAAAGGCCAUAUCGGGGCAUAUUUUGCCCGAUAAAUGGCUUUUUACACCGUUAUCCAGCUCAAAGUAGCUCCAGGCUACAGUCCAAAAAUAUUCACCUCUAAACAGGGAAAUAGCAAGUGCAGUUAGCGGGUAAUGCUAAUGCUGCUCCAGCAGUGCUAGCUGCUAUCUUAGGAGCAUGCUACAGUCCGAUAAUACUCACCUCUAAAUAGGGAAAUGGAUGUUAGCACUUGCCAUUAAUACCUUAAUACCUGAUUGGUCGAUUUUUGGGAAAAUAAACUGAUUUUAAGUGCGCCUUAUAGUGCGAAAAUGACGGUAGGUCAAUUUCUCUGUGACGCAAUUUAAUUACAAUAAAUAAAAGACAAAAUGAUACAACAAAAAUAUAUCAUUUUGCUGUGGGAUGCAUCAAACAUUUAGCAGCUGAAAAUUUGCUAAAUAAAGCACUUUUGGUGUAUCACUGAUUAAGUUAAGUUGAUAAUCAACAAUGAUAAAUGAUUAUGAUAAUUUGACAUAUUGCAGUGUUUCCUCCAAUAUUUUUUUCAUUCAGCAGUGGUAGCACUUUACUAGAUUCCAAGACACAGCCAAAAAAAAAAAACUGUUUAAUUUUAGUGUAAUUUAUGACUUUUGGACUUUGGAAAUGUUCAUAAAAUGCAAAAAUUCCAAUAUUACAAUACAGACAGUUGGAGUAAUCAGGUUUUACACAAUUUAUUGACGUCUUAUUGACACUUUAUUCAGAAGAAACACCCUCAGGGGCUCUAUUAAAAAGGAGAAGCUGAUCAAUGAACUGAUUCUAUUAGAUUAUAAUAAAUUUAGGCUCCAUUCAAAUGUUGUCAGCUUGCAAUACCACAACGUCUUCAAUAUAGACACGUCCUCAGUCUUCAGUGCUCUCAUUUCAGCACUUCGUUACUUGUUACUCGGCGUGGUCCGGUGUGCGGCAGCCUUUCCACAGGUGCACUGUCUCAACCAACAGAUCUGCAUAUCGUCGCUGUCCAACACUUAUCUACAAAAAAGCAACUUUACAGGGGAGAGAAAAAACCUUGUAAACUUUUAAUGGAAGAUAAUGUAUUUCUAUUGGUCCGUUUAUCAAAAAAUGGUGGCACAGUGUAAGGGACAGUUUGUCUGUUCAAAUUAUGUAGUAAACUAAAAAUCGACAAAAAUGGAAAUACUUGUUUUUCAUUGAACAGCGACGAUUUACUCUGAAAUAGAGUUCAGUAGAAUUUAGUAGAGUUAGCUACUAGUAUUCACCCAAUCCAAUCCUGCCAAAUACAGCCUCCAACAGUGGUCUAUACAGUAAGUUCCAUUUAUCACUGAUCUAGCCAUGAUAUAUUUAAUAAAGUACUACUUUUGCUGUCUUGUCUGUCACAAAAAUAUCAGAAAUGAAAAAUAUUGUUCUUACUCUGGGCUUAUCAUCGCAAUUCAUAAUGCAACUGAACCAUUUUAAAGGGAAAUAUUCAGAAGAUAGAAAAAUAUUAAAUUAAAACAUUUCAAAUGAUCAA